CUCUCCUCUCUCUCUCCUGUCAUCUUUUUGAAAUAGUUUCUCUUUCUCUCUCUAUCUCUUUUUCAUCUUCAAGCUAGCUAAAGCAGAAUCACUGAAAUACUGGAAUCCCCCAUUUUCCGGCGCCGGACAUCAGAAAUGUACGAGCCUCAACACUUAGCAGAUUUACAGGACACUUCUCUCUACGGAAGAGAAUCUAAUUCAUGGCUUUCCGCCGAAGACAACUCGCCGUCGGCAGAUCUCCGUCGUACUCUCUCUUCUCUCUCCAACGCUGCAUCUGUAGCUUCCGGUAAUGUCGAUCCUGUCCUCUUCAAUGAUCUCGUUGAGAUUGUCCCCUUGGUUCAGUCUCUAAUCGAUCGGAAAGCGAUUUCAUCGUUUACUCGUCGUGGAUCUGUUGUUUAUACUAAAACCCCUUCUAAAGAGUCACGUUCUAAGAAGAUAAGUGGACGGAAUACAGGCCAAUCUUUUCCAUCCAAGAACAGAAGGGAUCAAGGGGAGAAUUCUAGUGCAAUUGAAGAUGGAGGUUCUAGUAUUGAGAAGGAGAAGGAGAAAGAGGAGUUAAUAGCACUUAAACAGCAAAUGGAGGAUUUGCAGCAGAAAUUGUUGGAGAAAGACAAUGAGGUUGUGAAAUCAGAGCAAGCUACAAAGGAGCAGAUGAAUUCAAUUCAUUCGAAACUGGAGGAGAUGAGAGUUCAAGAACUUGAGAAAGAUUCUAUUCUCAGAUCUACUCAACAACAACUAGCUGAUACAAAGAUUAAGUUGGCAGAUAAGCAGGCUGCAGUUGAGAGAUUACAGUGGGAAACAACAACCUCGAGUAAAAAAGUUGAAAAACUUGAACAUGAUCUUGAUUCUGUUAAAGGAGAGAUCUCGUCUUUUAUGUUAUUUUUCGAGAGUUUGGCAAAGAAUCAAGUUUCCAAAACCGGGGAGGAGGAUUAUGAUGUCUCUCCUUACUAUCCAUGUGAUCCUUAUCAGAGUUUUGAUGAUAUGGAAAAGCAACAAAUGGAGUUUGCACGCGAAGCAUACAUUGCUGCUGUUGCUGUAGCGAAGGAGAAACAAGAUGGAGAUUCUAUUGAUGCUGCAGAAAGGGCGAGACUGUGUCUUCAAUCAUUUGUUCAUAAACCAGCAACAACAAAAACAACCAUGUAAAGUGUUUCUCUUGUGUUUGUAAAAGGAUUCUAGUUGAUUCUUGUUGUAUUGCUGUUGUGUUUUGUGUUCUUGCAUAUUAUAUGCAUUUAUUAUAUGAGUUGAAGGUAUUUCCUUUUACUAAACAUGUUCUUCCUACUUGCAAUCAAAUAUUCAAGAUCAUCAACAAUUGAUUUGCUGAUUGA